AACCUUCGAGACCAUUCGAGAGCUUCGAACUUCUCCAAUGGCGGCCCUCCUCCGCUUCGCUUCUCCUAGGUUCGUUCUCUCCCUUACCAAACCCCCACUUCCUUUCCGCAAACCCCAUCUCCUCCUCUCCUCUCCAAUCUCGUUUCAACGGAUUAACUCCAGUACCCCUUCCUCCCCUGCCCGAUCCCUCCCUGUCGCCCAUGAUGCUCCUGAUCUCGAUCCCUCCACUCUUCCCCCGAAUAUUCAAGAGAUUAUCGCGCUAUUCCGUUCUGUCUCUGAUCCUCGGGCCAAAUACCAGCAGCUUCUCCACUAUGGCUCCAAGUUACCGCCUCUCGACCCUGAUUUCAAGACCGAGGAGAAUCGCGUCCGUGGAUGUGUUUCUAGGGUUUGGGUUCGUGCGUUCCUAGACCCUGAUGAUCCAUCUUCUGUGAGGUUUGAGGCUGAUUCUGAUGCUGCGCUGACUAGAGGUCUUGCGGCGCUUCUUGUGCUUGGAUUGUCUGGGAGCUCGCCGGAGGUGAUUGCGAGUGUGCCGGCUGAGUUCGUGUUGCUUCUGGGGAUCAGACAGAGUCUUUCAGAAUCGAGGAAUAAUGGGUUUCUUAAUAUGCUGAAGCUUAUGCAGAGGAAAGCCCUUGAGCUUGGAUCUGGAUCUGCGAUUUUAGUUAAUGAAAAAGCUUCGAUGUUGGAAGAGAAAGGCUCCAGAGACUCGGACUUUAGUGAUGAUAGGGUUCAUUCUUGGGGGAAAGAUGUGAGUUUUGGUUGGAAUGGCAAUGGAAAUGUUGAAGAGACUAUGAUCAAUGGGAAAGAUGAGGCUGCAUGGAGUUUGGAAAGUGGGAAUGGUGGGAGAGAGGAGAGGAUAAGGGGAAGGUUGCAAAGAGAGCUUUCACCAUCGGAGUUGGAAGUGGAGAAUAUAUCUCAUAUGCAUGCUGGGCAUGCUGCAGUGAGGGGAAGUGGUGAUGGGGAGACCCAUUUCAAUGUCAAGGUGGUUUCUGAGAUGUUUGAAGGGAAGAGCUUGGUGAAGAGGCACAGGUUGGUCUAUGAUUUGUUGCAAGAGGAGUUACAGAGUGGAUUGCAUGCUCUUUCUAUCGAUGCCAAGGCUCCAUCAGAGGUCCAAACUAGAUAGAUGAAAGCACAUUUGAAGAGGGAAUUGUCUUAUAUUAUUGCAAGAGGAAAAGCAUCUGUAUUGGGGAACUAUUGCGGUUCUGAAUAGUUGUACAUUCCAUUGACUUGAAAAUUCAAGAGCUUUCCACAAGAAAAUGAACAAACAGUUGUACGCCAUCUUCUUUGCUUUCUUGUAUGUACUAGUUUAAUUUCAAAACUAGAGCAAAGUAUAACCAUCUUCUUUUCUUUCUUGUGUAUAUUAGUUUUACUUCAAAACAGGAGCAAAGUGUAGAAGUAUGUCCUUGGGUGCUGAUAUUCUUCAAGUUCUGGAUAUCUUGUUUGAAAGCACUGACUUGUAGCAUUAUAAUAUGCUGGUUAAGUAUGAAUUUAACAA